AUGUCUUCACUUCCUCCAGUCUACAUUGUUUCCGCUGCCCGUACCCCUCUGGGCUCUUUCCUCGGAUCUCUCUCGAGCCUCACCGCUCCCCAGCUGGGAUCCCAUGCUAUCAAAGCUGCUGUCGAAAGAGCCGAUGGGAUUCAAGCAUCCGAUGUUGAAGAAGUCUUCUUCGGAAAUGUUCUUUCCGCCAAUGUCGGCCAAAAUCCUGCCAGACAAUGUGCCAUUGGCGCCGGUCUCUCAGAGUCUACUGUCUGCACAACAGUCAACAAGGUUUGCGCGUCUGGCUUGAAGGCUAUCAUUCUUGGUGCCCAGACCAUCAUGACUGGCAAUGCCGAUGUAGUCGUUGCUGGUGGAACGGAGUCCAUGUCUAACACUCCUCACUACCUCCCGAACCUCCGUUCUGGGGCCAAAUACGGACACCAGAGUCUCGUGGACGGCAUCAUGAAGGAUGGACUGACGGACGCCUAUGGAAAGCAGGAACUCAUGGGACUGGCGGCGGAGGAAUGUGCCCAGGAUCAUGACUUCAACAGAGAACAGCAGGACAACUAUGCCAUUCGCUCUUACGAGAAGGCUCAGGCUGCACAGAAAGCCGGCCUCUUUGACUAUGAGAUUGCGCCUAUUGAGCUUCCUGGCUUCAGGGGUAAACCGGGUGUGACCGUGUCUCAAGACGACGAGCCCAAGAACCUGAACCCUGACAAGCUCCGUGCUAUCAAGCCUGCCUUCAUUCCUGGGUCUGGCACCGUUACUGCUCCGAACUCAUCUCCCCUCAACGACGGCGCUGCUGCAGUUGUUCUUGUCUCUGAGGCCAAGUUGAAAGAGCUCCAGCUGAAGCCCAUCGCAAAGAUUCUCGGCUGGGGUGAUGCCGCCCACCAGCCUAGCAAGUUCACCACUGCUCCAGCACUUGCUGUCCCUAAGGCUCUCAAGCAUGCUGGUGUAACUAUGGAUGCAGUUGAUGCAUUCGAAAUCAACGAGGCUUUCAGCGUUGUUGCCCUUGCUAACAUGAAGUUGUUGGAACUCCCUGAGGAGAAGGUCAACAUCCACGGUGGCGCUGUCGCCAUUGGUCACCCUCUUGGUGCCAGCGGUGCUCGUAUUGUGACGACCCUUCUGGGUGUUUUGAAGGCGAAGAAUGGAAAGAUUGGCUGCGUUGGUAUUUGCAAUGGCGGCGGUGGUGCUAGCGCCCUGGUGCUUGAAGCCCUUCAAUGA